CGUGGGGGGGAGGGGGGCGUCCUAACUACUGCUCUGCUUUCCGCUCCUACUUCAGGCCCGGUUCGCCCCUCUGCUUUCUGGUCCCUACUCGGGGCCCGAGCUGCUGCUCUGCUUUCUGCUUCCCGCCCUGAGCCUCAUGCCCAGUCAGUAGCUCUGGUUUCCGCUCGCUGACCUGUGCUGCUGCGCUGCUUUCUGUUCCGCGCCCCAUGCCCGUUUUGCUGCUCUGCUUUCUGCUCCUUGCCUUUGUGUCUGCUCUGCUGCUCUGCUUCCCGCCCCUCCUUGAUCUGCCCCACGGCCUGCCCUUUCGCUGAACAAAACCGGGGCAAGGGGACGAUCUUGGCGCUUCCGUCUCUUGCCGUUGUCAUUUAAAUCCCGGGCGCGGGCCGGGCCGGGCCGUCCCGGCGGCACAGCGCGGCGCGAGUCCGGAGGGAAAGGCACGAGCGACUUGGUAGAAACCGAGUCUUUGCAAAGUGAUUUUUCAUUGAAUUUUUUUAAAUGCACUAAAAAAAGGGGGGGGGGGGCCCGAUCCUGCGCGCUGGCUCCGCUGGGCCCCUCUCACCCUGGCGGUCGCCAGCGCGGCUGCGAGUCGCGACUUUGCCCCUAUGAAAUCACUGCUAAAUUUGGUCCAGCGCACCAGGCUCGCGAGCGUGGAUGUCGCAGUCCAUUUUGCUCCAGCCUUGGUUUUGUACAAGGAAACAAGCAGUGGAACCGUUCCCAAUUUUAGUCCCGGUGUUUAAACAGAGGAUGAUUUCGAACAGCCCGGUGGCCGCAGCGAAACGUUGUCGCCGUGUGCCUGGGUACCAGGAACUGAAACGGACUGAAAGUAAAACCAACAAGGCUCCCUUUAUUACGGAGAAAAAUGCAAGCAGUGAGCAGCAGAGAUGAUGAAAGGCGCAGUGGAUUUUUAAAACGCAGUUUGUCUCGUGUGUUUUGUGAGCAGGUCGUGAUGGUGCUUUUUUGUAGAAAGACGUUCUUGUCCUGUGCUCCCUGCCAACAUGGUGAGUAUGAGUUGCAGCUCUUUCUGGACUUCUGAUAUCGGGUGUGCAGUGUACGACAGGAGCAGGUUUCUUACUCUUUGAUUUGAACCUUCCUGACAAAUUCAUUGCAGGAUUUUUACAGCAUCUAAAGUGCUCAGACUUUUUUUGCUGCCUUUGUUCUGCGAGAUUUAGUAGGAUUUAGAGUUGGGUUGAAGCGCCCCCCAUUUCUGCCUAGGAGAAAAACAGUACGUCUUCCUGACGCGGUACUCUGCGCCCUGUGUUAAUUACUUUGUCCAGAAGAAGGGGACACAGCAAAAUCCAACGUGUUGGUGUGUGAGAAAAGAGGAACCGUAAUCCACUGGCUAAAGCCUGGAACCAGACGUCAGCAACUUUGGGCUCAGUUUUGCCACGGCCCCGUUGGGUAUCCUUGGGCAGGUUCCUCAGUUUUCCCCACCUGUCAAAUGGAAAUGGAGAAGUGUUGUCAUCCCUCAAGGUGCUUUGAGGCCAAAUUGAUGAUAAUUGAAGCACCUGUAGAGUUCUCUGUGGGUUUUAUAACAACUGGACCAGCACAGGAGCUGUCAGAACUUAAGGGGCACUUGGGGCUUCUGUUUUUCAAAGCAAGAAGCAGCCAGGGGCUGCAGGGCCAAGGGAGAAAGCAUGGUGUCACUGAAAACAGCAUAAUGGAUCUAGAGGCUGCUUGCUCCGUAGCUGGCCCACAGAAGCCGAAGGCAUCACGGCUGCCUUGGAAAUGUCAGUCCAGAGUGGCAAGGUGUGAAUAAAUCUUUAAGUCGCCUCCUCAAACUGGCUUAUUUCCUCCAGUUAAGGUCUGGGGGGUAGAGAGUUCCUGUAGCCACGCAGAUGCCCUCACUCUAGUGAAUACGGCCCCCUGCCAAAAUGUUGGAGACGCACGGAGAUGGUGCUUUCUAAUGUUGUAUCAGGUAAAUUGAGUUUUCUGUCCUGUGCAGGGCCCGAGCGCUAAGUGCGAGAAGCGUGCGGCAGGCGAGUGAGUUUGGUGCUGGUGAGGUGUGGGCUUGACAGGCCUGAAGGAGUCUGCUUUCCCUUGCAGCCUUUUCCUUGCUGCUCUCUGUCUCAGCCCUGCCCUGAGAGCACCCUGUUGGGAAGAGAGAAGCUAGUGGGCUUUGUGUCUGUUUUAUAGCUAAAUCCAGCAAACCUCAUAUGCGCGUGCUUAACUGCAAACCUUUACUUUAGGUCUUCCCCUUUCAGCAAAAUGUCUGUUUAAAACUCAGGGGAUUUUACAUGCUUUGCUGAACUGGGGCUUGAGCCAUUGCCUUUUCAACUGAGACAACCACCAAGGAGGCUUUUGAUGUGUGUGCUUGCCCAGUAAGUGGAUUAACGGAGUAGACUGUGCCCUCUCCCUCCCGGUCUGUCCAGAGGGAAGAAGCCACGAAGGUGUUUUUUCUGUAUGUACAUGGUAGGCUGAGGCAGCUUGGCUCUGAGGCCGUGGUGUCUUACAGAAGGGAAGUUCUUGUUCCGUGUAGGCUUGCAAACGCGUGCUCAUGAAAGAUAUAGAGUUGGCCAUUAAGUAGGUUUCUGUACCGUGCAGCCACGGCCUACCCCAGCAGUACUCUUCAGAAUCACAGAUCUCUUUAUUUCAGGUUUCAAAAACCGGAGAGAGGAUUUCUUCCAUGGAAAGCAUCAGUGACUCAUCACGGAGGUCAGAAUGCAGCUGCUGAAAAGACGAGAGCCCUACCUUCGAGAAGUGCUGCGGUUUGCGGUGUGGUGCAGAGCCCUGACACUCCUGCUCCAGGCCCUGUUUAACCUCCUGGUCCCGGACCACGCUGCAGACGCCUUCUCUCCACCCCGCCUGUCUGAGCCCAGCUUCUGCGACUGGCUGUUGGAGUGGCUGUUGGGAGGCUUGUCCCACUGGGAUGCAGAGCACUUCUUGUUCGUAGCUGAGCAUGGCUAUGUGUAUGAGCACAACUUUGCCUUCUUCCCCGUGUACCCCCUGAGCAUACGAGCGGUGGCAGAGGUCACUCUGUGGCCCCUGCAGGGGCUGCUCUGCCUACGGAGCCGCCUGCUCCUGUCAGCUGUACUUUUAAACGCCCUCUUCUCUGUCCUGGCAGCUGUUGUCCUCUACGAGCUGGGCUGCGUGGUGCUGCAGUGUCGCAGGACAGCCUUCCUCUCUGCCCUCCUCUUCUGCCUCACCCCAGCCAAUGUGUUCAUGACAGCCGCCUACUCGGAAAGCAUGUUUGCCCUCUUGGCGUUCAGUGCCAUGUGGCAGCUGGAGAAGGGGCGUAGCUGGACCAGCGGACUGCUUUUCUCCUUUGCUGCUGGCGUGCGCUCCAACGGGGUGAUCAAUGCCGGCUUCCUGCUCUAUUCCCAGAGCAGACGCCUUGCCUUCCAGCUCCAAGCUGGUGCGGGGUCUGUCAUGAAACAGGCUCAGGUCUGGAGGCAACUUCUCGGCUUGGCAGCCUCAGUAGUUCUGACGUGUGCCGGCCUCUUUUUACCUCCUGCUUUGUUUCAGUUCUAUGCUUACUUGAGAUUCUGUGACCCCGAUGUCAGCCCUGAACGCGCUGUUCCCCAGCCGCUGUUGCAGCUGGCCGUGGACAAAGGGUAUCGCCUAGCAAGCAUGACUGGGGUGAAACCUGCUUGGUGCUCCCACCGGGUUCCUAUGAUCUAUUCUUACAUUCAAGACGUUUACUGGAACGUGGGCUUUCUGCGAUACUUUCAGCUGAAACAGAUCCCCAACUUCCUGCUAGCUGCUCCCAUCAUGAUGCUGAGCGCUUGGGCUGCCGGCAUCUACCUCACUGCCAAUCUCCAGCACUGCUUAACGCUUGGCCUGGUGAGGAGAAGGAAUAAAAGCAGGGGAGGAGAGGGCGCUGCUAAGCCAGGGGUUGGAUUUUGCUCCUCUGGCGUCUUCGUAUACGUGGUCCACGCCACUGCUCUCUUGGUAUUCGGACUCCUCUGCAUGCACGUGCAGGUCCUAACGCGGCUCCUAGGCUCGUCCUCCCCGGUGCUGUACUGGUUCUCUGCUCACCUGCUCCAGGACAGCGACGCCUUGCUGUGGCGAGAAGGGGAUCCCACCCAGACUGCAGCUUCCCUCUCGGAGAGGCCCCGUCUGGGCAGCGCUUUUCUGGGGUUGUUUGGAACAGGGGUUUCUGAAAACCCCCUUCCACCAUUACUGCUGAAUUACAGAAGGAAUACCGCCUUGACCAAAUGCGUUCUGGGGUACUUCCUGUCCUUCUGGCUCCUGGGACUGAUCCUGCAUUGCAACUUCUUGCCUUGGACGUAGCUAGAGAUUGUGCGUGCACGUGCAUUUGGGACCGGCUUCCCAAGAGGAGCAGAAUUGCUGCUCAGAGUUGUGACUCGCUUUUAACCUUGACGUAAGGGAACUGAAGCUGUUGUCUUUGUUGCGUACAAAGUUACACAGAGCCACCGGUACGCGCGUAUUCCUCAAAUAGCCGUGCUCGUUUUUGUAACCCCAGUCCAUCCUUAUUCCAGCCCUCCUUUCUCUCCUUUCUCAUUGUCGCCGCUCAGCUCGUGGCCAAACUCUGGUUUGUAAACUCUCUGGGGCAGGUAACGUGUCUUUAAUUCUUCCGUCUUCUGUGCAGCACUUUACCAUAAUGAAUAAGUAUCCGAUGACACGAGCGGGAAGCCCACUGCUGUCCGAGGAGCCCUAUAGCCAACGUGUCUGCCUACAAAAUAAAGAUCCUGAGAAACUUAAGGAAGCAGCCUUCAUCUCCAAGUGAGAUGCUUUCCCCUGCACCAGGAAUGUCUUGUUCUCUCUGGCCCAGCGCUCUGGGGAGUCCCUUUGUGUGUUGCAUGUAACGGCUGGCGUGAAGGAGACCCUGGAGUGAUCCUCAGGGGAGAUGUCACCAAAGGGAUUAGGGUGCUGCUGCUCACAGGGUCUCAAGAGGGCGCGAGUGGAGAUGUACUGAUGGCGUACGAGCAUCGUCAGCACACCUUGUGGAUUUUGGACCAGGCAGAGGGUUUUUUCUUUGUGAAAGGGCCUCUCUCACCUGGGAAAUCAUAGAGCCUCGGUAGGGAGGAAGAGAAGCCAUGCGAUAGGGGCAGGGCAGCUGGACAUCAAGGGAAAGAAACAGCCAUUUCUCCCUGCUGGAAACCAUGUGGCCUUCUUCGAGCAAGGCCUUUCGAGCUCUAGCCCUGGCUCGCUGUGUGAGACAGCGAUCCCUUUUCAUGUUAAGGCUGCGGGGCAAUUAUUGCAUCUCUUGUGGGUGCCAGACAUGACUCAAACACAACACAUUUGGGUAUCCAAGUCACAUUUGUUUCCUUGAGUAGUAAUAUGCUUUAUUGGGCUAUUCUUCCAUUAGACUACAGAAACUUGGGCCUGGAUGUGGGGCCCUGACUGCUGGGUGAUCCCGGCACGCGGUAGCACCAGGGUGCAGCUCAACGCAGGCAGGAGAUCGGCUGCGUGGCCCGCGCUCCCUUAACGUACUUGCUGGGUGGCGCGUGGAAGGAGCUGCGACGGGUCACGUCCGUGGCCCAGAGCUCCUGCUGCGUGUCUCCGUAGUCAGGCCCUCUGGCCUUCGCACGUGUCCCGCUACCUACCUCGUCGAUCUUGAGCUUCUUCCAGGACCAUUUGACGGGUCGGGUAACACGACCACGAUCUCAGCCUGCUUUCAGGCGCCCGCUUCUUCCCCCGAGAGGCCCCCGCGCAGGCUGAGCUGUCCUCGUGCUUGUACGUGGCCCGGACCUGUGCCUAGAGACGGGGGUUUCCUUGCCAGGGCCGCCCUCUCGCCAGCACUCAAUCGGCUUCAGACAUUUAGAGAAGGAGGCUGUUCCCUGUACGCCGCUUAGCGCUUGCUUGCGUUGGAGGGUGACGGUUUGGGGGCGCUACUGUUAGGGUGCUGCGUAAGUACGGUAGGGGUCACACGAUGUUACAGCGUCAAAGCCAUCGUGCUGGACACAGCUGCCGUGCUGCAGGUGGCUGUUAAGGCCCGGUGAGGUGUGCGGUGGGUACGAGCGGGCUGAGGCCGGGGCAGAAGAGGAGGAAGCGGGCAGCUUUGAGGACGGGAUGACCGGUAGCGUUGCGGGCACUUGGGAGCCCGCACAUCGCGCUGUAAACGUGGAU